CUCAUUUCAUCCUGUGACGUCUGUAUAUAUUAAGAGGAAACCCGCGCCUCUACUCUGACUCCCUGACCCGCCAAAGCGCCACACUCCGUCACCCGCCGCGGCACCACACACCCGCCUCCCCUCCGCCAUGAAGGAGACGCUCUAUAUCUCCGAGAAGCCUCCCCAGGAGGUUCAGAAUGGAAACAUCGGCUACGUUAACCAGAGCUACGUCGCCCACGAGACUGACUUCAACUAUCAGGUGAAGGGAUCAGUGUUCAUCGUUACUUCCGCCCUCCCAGUCCCGCCACCCGUAGAGAAUAAGGAAGGGGAUGGCGCGGGAGACGAGGAGAAGGAAGAGGGGGGGGAUCGGCAGGAGUGGUCCCGUCCCAUCGAGUUCCUCCUCUCCUGCAUCUCCAUGUCCGUCGGGCUGGGUAACAUCUGGAGGUUCCCGACCACGGCCUUCGAGAACGGUGGCGGUGCCUUCCUCAUCCCCUACCUCAUCGUGCUCAUAUUUAUCGGCAGGCCGCUGUACUUCCUGGAGCUUGCCAUCGGACAGUUCUCCUCCUGUACCUGCGUCAAGGUGUGGCGGAUGGUGCCGGCCGUCAAGGGUAUCGGAUAUGGGCAGAUGGUCGCUUCCUGGUCCGUGGUGACGUACUACUGUGCCCUGAUGGCGAUAACGGUGUUCUACUUCGUCAUGUCCUUCAGUAAGGUGCUCCCGUGGUCCGUGUGUGACGAGGCCUGGGCGGACGAGAACUGCGUCGACGCCUCCGGCACCAACGUGACCUACAGCAACAACUCGCAGUCGUCCUCGGAGCAGUACUACUACAAUUACGUGUUGCAUCUGAAAGAGGACAUCAGCGACGGCAUCGGAGCCCCGGACUGGCGCCUCACGCUGUGUCUGCUCUUCUCGUGGGUGGUGAUCUUCUUCACGCUGGCCUGGGGCGUCAAAUCUUCGGGCAAGGUGGCGUACUUCACGGCGCUGUUCCCCUACGUGGUGCUGGUGACGCUGCUGAUCCGCGGUGCGACGCUGCCGGGAGCCACAGACGGAAUGCUGUAUUUCGUUCGAUUCGAUGCCCCGAAGCUCCUCGAUCCUAAUGUGUGGUACGCCGCCGUCACGCAGUCAUUCUUCAGCCUCUCUGUCGGGUUCGGCGCCAUCAUCAACUUCGGUUCCUACAACGGAUUCUCCCACAACGUCUACAAGGACGCGUGGAUCAUCAGCCUCACGGACACCUGCACCUCGCUGCUCGCCGGCUUCACCAUCUUCGCCAUCCUCGGUAACCUCGCCUACGAGCUCGAAACUAACAUAGAGGACGUAGUGCGCGGUGGCGGCGGCCUCGCCUUCGUCUCCUACCCUGACGCUAUCUCUAAAUUCACCUGGGCCCCACAGCUUUUCGCGGUCCUGUUCUUCAUGAUGAUGUUCACGCUGGGCGUCGGCUCGGCGGCGGGCCUGACGGGCUGCACCAUCGGCAUCAUCUCGGAUCAGUUCCCGUCAGUCAGGAAGAUCUAUGUCACCUUCGCCGUCUCCGUCGUCGGCUUUCUGUGCGGCCUCGUCUACAUCACGCCCGGCGGCCAGUGGAUCCUGGAUUUGGUGGACUUUUUCGGAGGUGGUUUCAUCAUCUUCGUGCUGAUCAUCAUUGAGAUCGCGUCCGUCAGUUAUAUCUACGGAUUCCCAAAAAUCUUCCGCGACCUUCGCUUCAUGCUGGACUUCAACCUGGACGUGUUCACCAAGGCGUGCUGGGUGGUCAUCACUCCCGUGGCGCUGCUCGGCAUCUUCAUCUACAGCAUGGCGGUCUUCCGGCUGCCGACCUUCGACAACAUGCCUUACCCGGAUAUCGCCUACACCUGCGGAUGGAUCCUGACCGCCGUGGCCAUCGUCGUGCUGCCCAUCAGCUUCCUGCACGUCUUCUACAACACAGAGGCGGAAUCUUUCUCCGCGAGGCUGCGGAAAACGUUCCUGCCCAAGAAGAGUUGGGGACCCAAGAGGCGGAAGGACAGACUCAAAUGGGAGACCCAGUGUAGGACGUAGUGUGUGUGUGUGUGUGUGUGUGUGUGUGUUUGUGCAUAAUUAUUAUACAGAAUGAAAAGUGCUAAUCUUAUGCUAUGGUGUAAAUAAUACGAAAGUCUGAGGCUUGAGUACAUAAAACUUAUAUACUUUCUUGUUUUAUAUACACAAUAAAUAUAUAUGUAUAAA